CUCUGCUUCCUCUUCGUUUGUAAUCGCCGAUGACCCGAGAAACAGGCGGCGGUUGACCGCAAAAUUAGCAAAAAGGGUACAUUUCGGGCCGGAUCCAUUAACGGUUGCAGUUGAGAAGGAUGUGAUCGACCGGCGCCUCUCACCUUCGACUGCUGACGGUCUAGCGUUUGGAAGAAUUGUUUGGAUAAUCAUUUCCUGUUUUAUCCAAAUUGCAGAAAUGUUUGAAGAGAGAUUGCUGACUUGUUAUUCAGAACUCUGUACAUGGUACUGGUACACGUACAAAUCAAUGAAAUGAAGGAAAGAAUUAAGAAAAUCAUUUAGAGCAUUAAGAGUCAAUUAAGAGGAUGAUGAUGACUGAAUCUUCUUACAGUGGAAGGAGUGGAAGGAGAGGCUUUUAUUUUGAAGCAAACUCUUAAAAAAGAUGGCAUGAAAAGUGGAUUAAGCAUAAGUUAGGUCCGAAUAAUUAUAAAUUUUUGUGCUUGAACUUUCUCUUCCUUAACUUCUAGUUUUUGCAAUUUAUUUUAAUAAGAUUCAAUUGUUUGCAAAGUUUGUACUUGCUUGUUGAUUUGACUUCAAAAUUUGCCUAAUAAGUUUUUCGAAAACCCAAUAUCGGCCCCUCUUGGGUUGUCAUCAUCUAGGCCAACAACAUUGAGAAAAUAAUGGCUUAAAUAACCCAUUUCACCCAUUUCACUUCUAAAGUUAACAUUUCAUGAGGUAAAACUUAGAUAGUUGAAAUGAUCCCUAAGCAAUGUUUGUGCAAGUUGCAACCAUGGGGAAAGUACUGGUAUUUGUAUUUUGAAGCGCAAAUGUUUACGUGUUCACUACUGGGUUCAGGGAUUUAAGUUUGAAUGAAGUGAAUCAGCUCACAAUGAAGUAGUUCUUAUGAAUUUCUUAAUCUUAACUUGAGUAGUCUUUGCAAAUUUGAUCUUGAGCCAUUGUUACCGGUUUAGAAUAUCUAUUUGUUUUAAGUAAGUAAUUCUUACAAAUUUCUUUAUCUUGACUUGGAUAUUCUUUGCAAAUUUAUUCACUCGUUGUAGCCGAGCUGAGUGCGUUAGAGUGACUAGUCUCCUUUCAAUGUCAAUGUCAGUUAGACUUAUUGCUUAUAAAUUAUCAGAAUGUUA